UCUGCUCAGGUCAUGAGUCGGGAUGUACAAUUGCUUCUAGUGUUAAUGGUCACAAACAAUGGUUACUGCCAGUAGGAUGACUGAUGAUUAUUGACGGCAGGUGCUUGCUAUCAGCUGUUGGAAAGUGACGAGGGAAUCACAGUCGAGUUGUACAGAGUUGGAUCAUGGUGAAGGUGAAGAGAUGGAAGUGCAUCUUUGCUCUUCUCGUACUCGUGACUGUAACUGGUUUGAUGAGUCUCAAUAUCCAGAACUAUAUACCCAUGUCAUAUAAAAUAAAUAUGGCCCUUAGGACCAAUAGCAGCCCUUCCAUGGCCAUGUACAGCGCACGUGUCCACACACAAAUAACGGAUGGCCUUGAACACACUGAGGAUGACAACGAAGCAGUGGCAGAAGGGGACCUUCUACUGCAGCAACUAUCUGCAGGCGACGUUACCCACAUCAGCCAGGCUUGUCCCUGGAACAGCGGGACGCCGCCACUUGACGACAAGAUGAAGACGAAGUAUGAAAUACAUGAUCUAUUCCGAUUGAAGACAUCCGAAUUUUUGUCCAAUUAUAAAAAUCCUUGUUGGAGGAAAGAAAACACCAGGCAGGUACUCUGUCUGCCGUACUUCUAUGUAGUUGGGUUUCCCAAGUGCGGGUCAACCUUCACCUUCAGCACUAUUGUGGGUCACCCGGAAGUGGCUAAGCCUCAGUUCAAAGAGACACAGUGGAUUGCGAGGAGAAGAUUUGAUGGUAGCUCAAAUUUGGAUGAAUUCUUGGACAUGUUUUCCUCAGCUACAAGAAUAAUAGAAAAAAACAUGGUUACUGACAACAACACGGGCAAAACAUUCCACCCUAUGAUCACAGGGGAGGGCUCUCCUUCCACAGCCUGGCAGAACUCACACUGGCGUCACCUCCCUGGGAACUAUAACUGCACGGAGCCUCGUGUCCUCAACCCUCACUACAUCUACCACCUGAACCCCGCCACCAAGAUCAUCAUCGUCAUCAGGAACCCCACUGAUAUGAGGAUUUCUGAGUACAACUUCUUCAAUCGCCAUCACCCAACGGCAGAGAAGUUCCAUGAGGAAAUGGUUGAUGGCAUACAGAAGUUUGAAGGUUGUCUUUCACGGUUUCCCCUAAGGACCUGUGCAUACAACAAUAGUGAGAUAAUGAGAACGCCGAUCGGCCUAUACCACGUGUUCAUCAGUGACUGGAUGAAGGUGUUUCCCCGGGAACAGAUCUUACUCGUCAGAUUGGAAGACACGCACGAUGAUCCUUAUUCAAGCUUCUCAAAUAUAUUUGAGUUUCUUGGCCUGAGUCACGUGUCUCGACUAGAGCUUCAAAACAUCAUGAGUGGAAGCAGGAUGAAUCAAAGAAAAAGGGCAUUUACAGCAAAGAACGAGACUCGACGAAUACUGGACGAUUUUUUCAAACCACACAACAUCCAGCUUGCAAAAUUGUUGAACAACACCAUCCCUAUAUAUGGUUAGACAUUCACAUUCGUCGGGUGGUAGUAAAACAAUUGCUUCUCCUGACGUCUGAGUGAGUGAGUGAGUGAGUUUAGU